ACAAGCAGUGAGCAGUGAAAAUGACACUGUUGAAAUAUUCAAAUCAAUUACUAACAGUGUAUUUAGUCGUUUGUGUCAAUUUAUGUCGAAGUGAAGCUUCAUAUCCUGAAGAUACAUAUAUAAACGCCCUCCAAACCUCACAGACAAUUACAGACUCUGAAUCCAAUGUCGAUUUCGAAGGUUACCACUAUUCUCCCCCACCAAAUAACCAGUAUUUGCCCCCUACAACACAACCGGCAAUAUAUGGACCGCCAGCACCAAUAUAUGGACCACCAGCCCCUGUUUACGGCAACCCACAUCCUAUUUACUAUAAACCUAUACCAUUCCAUGCGGGUGGUCACUUAUCGCUACUAGAGAAAUUGAAAACUAAAAUUAAUCUAUUUACAAUCGGAAAGAUAAUUCUGAAACUUUUGAUUUUUAAAAAAAUUGUAAAGUUCAUUGGCAUCAUAUGUAUGUUGCUAUUUUUGCCAAAAUUAAAGGGAAUGUUUAAGGAAGGCAUACCAAUGGAUGAUGACAGUACGGAAAGUAAACAAGUUGAAUCUGAACAAGAUGCCUUGAAGAAGCGUAUUGACGAGAUCUUCGAAUUUACAACGACUGCACUGAACAAAUUCGACGGAGUCCUAUAAUAUAUUUUUAUUUAAUAUUUAUUUUUUUUUUUUAAUAUUUAUUUCGUCUUCUGCAAUAGUGUUAGUACAAAAUUUUGUUUAAACUAAAUAUUUUAAUGUCUGCAAUCAGUGGAUAUUUUAACCCAGUAUUAAAAGAAUAAACUCUACACGCCUGUUUUCAAUCACUUACUGUCGGCAAGGCAAGCGCAAAAAAUUUACCUAAA